AUGUCAAACACCAAGAAGAUUGCUUUAAAGAGUUCCGAUGGUGAAAUCUUUAAAAUUGAAGAAACAGUGGCACUCCAAUCACAACUCAUAGCUAACAUGGUUAAAGAUGGUUGUGUUGAUAAGGUAAUCUCUCUAGACAAAAUCACCGGUGAAACCCUAACCAAAGUGAUCGAGUAUUGCAAGAAACAUGUCGAUGGUGGUGGUUCAAAAGAGGAACUAAAGACUUGGGAUGCUGAGUUUAUGAAAAACAUCAUCAAUCCGAUCUUAUUAAAGCUGCUAAAUUCCUAG